AUGCCCGACUCUGACGACGGCCUCGGCCGGGUCUGGUCCAACUUUAGCCUCUCGUCCCUCUCCCCUACGUGGGAUGUGGCGCCAGACAAGGUGUUCGCCUUGAACGCGACUACCACCCCGCUGUCCAGUGUCAACAAUGUCGCAUUCACUACCCCUCAGAACGCAGUUCUCCAGGGCCAGUGGGUCUUGGUGAAAAACGCCACUGCGUCGUCGACAAGCUCGUCGACAAACGGAACCUUGUCGUCAAACGACACGGUGACGGCGACAGCAUCCAACGACACGUUGCCUCAAGUGACCAUUGCGUACCACGGAACCGACUGCUACUUUACGGCCGACGUCACACCCGCAAAUACCUCGGGCGACAGGGUCGGCUACCUCAUGAUCGACGGCAAGCUGUACGCCAACGCAUCAGACCCGUGGGACCCGACAGACGACUUGAUCUCCACCGACGGCUUGGCAUACGGUGGCCACACGGCGUCCUUCAACGUCGACUCGGACUUUGUCGGGAAGAUUGUCUUCAAGAGUUUUGCGUACACGUCCUACACCGAGACCCUCAACACGUCUGCGACCAUUGACGAGGAGCGACCCAACGAGACCUGGAGCUUUCUGGACGGCACACAGGCAAACGGCCGAAACGCUUCCAUGCAGUAUGCGGGGACGUGGAAGCCAGAAAUACUCGAGGCGAACAUUGACUACACGACCACAAUUCGGUACACGAGCCUUGCAAGUAGCGGGACGGGUGCUUCCGUCAGCAUGGCUCUUCCCAUAAAUGCGACGCGCUUUGUGUUGUGGGGCGGUCGAGGGAUGAACUACACUUCCAUCAAGGUUGAGACGACACCGCCCCUCCCGGAAUACAAUGGGACCGUCACCCUCAACAUUACUUGGGACGACAUCAUUCCCGAGACCCGGCUGUUCAAUGCCCGCCUUGACCCGGGGCAAAGGUACACGCUGCAAAUUACGCCAGCCCUGUGGGAAGGCACACAGUCCGCGCCGUCUGCGUUUGGCGCCCGUUUGACCCGCAUCGGCCUGUUCUCUGCUGUCAACACCACCACCACCCAGACAAACAACACGACCCCGGUUGUCGUCCCUCCCGACACGACGAGCGACCCGCCCAGCAAGUCUCACACAGGGGCCAUUGCUGGCGGUGUCGUGGGCGGCGUGGUCGCCCUUACGCUCUUGCUAGGUCUGGUCUUCUUCCUCGGGCGGCGGCGUCGGCCGGUCAGCCGUGCCGAGUCCGAGGACGGCAUGGCCAUGGAGAAGCAGCCCCGCCACAGCGUCGAGUCGGAGAGCCGGAGCGUAUCCGUGGUCGAGGACGGGGCCGCACAGGUGCCGGCGACAGUUGUCCCCUUUGAGCACAUUGCCUCGCCAGUACCCACGGAGCCGGCCCUCCACCGCGAACCGUCCGUGGCGACACUCAACCGCGAGGCGUCAGAGGCGACACUGAGCCGCGCGCACCAGAUGAAGCAGCAGCUCAUCUUGGGCAUCCCGCCGCCGAGGUCGCAGCCCCUCUCGCCCAUGGGAAGCGAGUCGCACGAGAGGCUCUUGUCUGCUGCCAUGGCUCAGAACGGUUAUGGCGGCCAAAACACUUCUGGUGGAGGUGGUGGUGCGAGCCCGACAGAGGGCACGUCUACGCAGCCAUACAGCGACAGCCCAGGUCCUUCGCCGGUCACGCCAAAGGGCGUCCGUCCCAUCCUUCCCGUGCUCCGCAUGCCGCAGGAGUCAUUCGAAGACCACCACCCGGCCGAGCCGCUGUCCGCACAGCGCGUUGCGUUUGACCAGGACGCAGGGCGUAUCGACGAGACGGUCGAGCUCCUCCCGCCCUCGUACAACCCCGAAUGGGAGUCGACGUACCGCGCCACCGACUCGAGCUCGACGCUGCCGACCCCGACCCAGCUGUCGGCCCUGUCCCAGCGUUCGCACUUGACCCAGCUGACGGCCUUGACCACCCGCUCCGAGCCCCUCUCCCCAUCCCAUUCUCCAGCCACGAACCCGAGUAGCGACCACUCGGCGGCCUAA